CGGCUGUUGGCGCGUUAUUUUGAACUAAAGAUGGAGUUGAUACGCGCUUUGGAGUUGUUAAAAUUAAACAGUGUCUCUGCAGCCUGGGUGGAUACAGUGUGGGAUUUCGAGUUCACCCACACAGACCCUCUUGACUCCGCUAUUGAGGAGGAAAUUAAGGAAACCCCUGAUGUCUUCAAGAAGGUGUACAUGCAACUGCUGCCCUUCUCCAAUGAGGAUGAUGACAACAACACAGAAAGUGUGUGGGUGGUGUUCGGUGAGAACGGUGUCUCUGCAAAAACUCUGGUGGCUGUCCUGUCUUACUUCAUCCUUAGUGCUAAAACCAAAAGUCCCAGUCUUGAACAGAGACUUUGUGGUCUCCAGGCAGCAUCUCUGUACUUGUUACUGCUGAAAAUACCAGGGAGUGUUGCGAAUAAAGUCUACCAUCAAAUCCUGUUUGAUACGUGUCUGAACAUGCCCCUAAAAUGCUGGCCUCAAGAGUCUGGCAAGAAACGCAAGAAAGAUUCCCUGAAAAGCUCUCAAGGUGACCAAAAAACUGGGAAACGAUCCAAACCCCCAAAGAAAGUGUCAGAGGAGAUGGAGAUUGAUGACGAUGAAGAGGAUGAAGAUGAGGGGAUGUACUUUUCUGCACAGGAUUUGCUGAAACUAAGAGAGGGCAUUGUGUUGCUUGUUCGCACACUACUGAGACUCCUAGAGAGAUUUUCACUUCGCGACAAACCUCAGAGUGCCGACGGCUGUGUUCAGCUUUUUACUGAACUUACCAACUUUGAACCAGUCACUGGGGAUUUGUCAUUCUCUCAGGAAAGGAAUGUCGACCAAUUACAGAGUGUGCCUGAGCUUUCCUAUCAUGGAUUAGGGUUACUUUGCUCUACUGUUCACGGUGAAGGCGAUGAGUGCCGUCGUAGAGUGUUUCGCAAGCUACUGUAUGUGAUUCUAAUGAUGAAAACACAAGAGAGGUCCAGGCCAAGUCUUCUUGUUCCAUCUCAGGCUGUCUGUGGUGCCAGAGACCAGGCCAUCCUUUUUAUUAGUCAUAUUGUUGAUGAGCAGAGAGACGCCACAUUGCCACUUUUACGAAUUCUUGUGCAACACAUCUGUCAUCAGAUGGUGGAGAAAUCGGAAUAUCGAGCCAGUGGAUCUCAAGCUGUUGGAAAGCUGAUGGCUAAGAUGCCAUGUCAGGACUACGCAGCCACUAUUAAGUGGCUCUAUAACUACUCUCGAAACAAUAAGGUGGCAUUCAGAAUGUUUGCGCUGGAUGUUUGCAUGGUCCUGCUGGAGCAGACUGAGAGAAAUGUGGAUGACACUGUGGACCCUGAGCUGGCUGUGUUCCUCUCACAUAGGUUCCUGGUGCACAACAUUGUUUACAAUCAUCGUAAUGACGUCUCCCCCACAGUCAGAGGUCAUGCGUUGCACUGCCUGGCACAGUGUCUGGAGCUAGGUUCCCAGAACGCCACAAAAUGCGUCCAUGAGCUCUUUUCCAACAGUGCUCAGACUAUGAUGGAUUCGGACCGUUCUGAGCAAACUCUAAAGAGAAGAGAGACUGGUCAGAAAACAGCACUGACUUUCAGAACCAUCGAGCUCACAAAACACAAGAGCAUGACCACAACCCACAGAAGCGUCAUGAAUACUUCAUUACAGAAUGAUGAAAGUAUGACUCUGUUUAAAAAGCAUGUCAGUGAUCCAAAAACCAAUGCUAGAAAAAGUGCACUGGAGACUGUCAUGAGUCUGCUAAAGCAUGGAGUGAUCGCAUGCAGUAUGGAGAAUCUGAGUAUGCUGUCAGAUCGCUGCAGAGAUCCUGCUGUCUCAGUGAAGAAGAAAGCCUUGCAGUGCCUUAUGGAACUUCUCACUGCUCUUCCUGACAAUAAAGAUGUGCAGGAGGCCUGGCUGAGAGGAGUGCUACCGGCUGUCAUGGACUCUGAGAGCUCUGUGCAGGAGAAAGCUCUGGAGUGUAUGGAUCACGCCAUCAUCGCUCACAUUAAGAGUCACAAGAAAAAUCUGAAUAUCGACGUCUCUCAAAAGCUAGCCUGGGAUUUACUGGGACUCAUGUGUGAAAAGUGUCAAGAUCUUAGCCGGUAUUUCAGUAAGGCGUUCAGCGUGUGGGCACCACAGAAAAAGUUCACUCCGGCCUUUGUGAAUAAUUUGCUAUCUCACACAGAAGGAGAGAGGGCUUCUGCUGCCUGGCUACUGUUAGCUAAAGUUGCCAGCUGCUCUCCUAAACUGAACUACAGCACUGUGCUGGAUACCUGGGAGAACACAAUAAGGGCACCGGUUGUUUCGGUAACGAUGACCUGCCAUAUUUUGAGCGUUAUGGGUGACAUUGCCUUUAAUAUUAAUGAUGACACCAAGAGCAGAAUAGUAGAUGAUCUGAUGGGCUGGUUGAAGACGUUCAGCCUGCCUUUGGAGGUGAUUAGCUCCUGUGUGGAUGCUCUGGUCAGAUUUGGAAGAUCAGAUGACACUCAGGAAACACUGAGGUUCAUGGAUCGUUUCUGUGGAGAGCUGGUCUCUGUAUGUGAGAGUUAUCUGUCUAGUGUCCUUCUGCAGGAGAAGGGAACUGAGAACAUUAAUGAAGACCUGCUGGCCAAACAUCUUUAUACACUUGGUGUCGCUUCUCUCCAUUCCCCUUCAAAAGUGGGGAAAAGAAUUUUCCUUCUGGUUCAGUCUAUUCUAACACCCUUAGAGCAUCCAGUUCCUGUUGAAGGAGAUGGCUUGCCCGCUAGUCAGCCUCUAUCUCAGUUCAAACCCACUUCCAUGCCGUCAGUGGUUCGGGCACAUGCUGUCAUCACAUUAGGAAAACUGUGUCUGCAGCAUGAGGAUCUGAUGAUGAAGUAUCUCCCUGUGUUUGCCCGGGAGCUGGAAGUGGGCACAGAGCUGGCCGUGCGCAGUAAUGUGGUGGUGGUGAUGUGUGAUCUUUGUGUUCGCUACACCAAUACAGUGACUCGGUACAUCCCAAACAUCUCAGCCUGUCUGAGAGACGAAGAGCCCAUCGUCCGAGAGCAGACUCUUAUUAUGCUCACCAACUUACUGCAGGAGGAGUAUGUGAAGUGGAAAGGUCCAUUGUUUUUCCGCUUUGCUGUUGUUCUUGUGGACCCAGAUCCUGCAAUUGCAGACCUCUGCGAGUACUGCCUGGUGGACCUCCUGCUUAAGAAGAGUCCUCUCAUGUUUUCCCAACAUUUCAUUGAGUGCAUUUUUCACUUCAACUCCUAUGAGAAGCACAAGAAAUAUAAUAAAUUCAAUCAAACUGAAAGAGAGAAAAGCAGGUUUUCUCUGAAAGGACCGCAGAAUCAAGGCAGACGUUUCCGGAUUUACAGGUUCCUGUUGAAAAACUUCACUGAUGAGCAACGCUUCAAUAUCACAAGCAAAAUCUGCCAUGACGUCCUUGCAAGCUUUGUGGACUCUGAGCUGCCUCUGGACUCUGAAGGCUCUGAGUUGCUUGCAGACACAUUUGACAUCCUGUCCCUGAAGGAGAUGAAACUGACAGCCAUGAGCGGUUCAGCAGCUGGAGAAGAGCCUCAGGAGGAUGAGAUGGCUAUGGCUAAAGCUGUCUUACAGGUGGCUCAGAAAAAGCUUGUAUCACAGGUCCAAAAGAGGAACUUUGUUGAGAAUGUUAUUCCUAUCAUCAUCAGUCUGAAGAACAUGCUGGAAGAGCAACACUCACCUGUCCUGAAACACCUUAUGGCUUACUUGCAGGUGACCAUGCAGGACUAUCGUUCAGAAGUGAAGGAGCUGUUUGCUGCUGAUGAGCAGUUGGCUGCUGAGGUGGAGUAUAACCUGAAGCAGUUUGAAAAGCAAAAACAACAACAAGAGCAACUGCAGAGGGAGAACCAUCUUGGAGAACUGGCCAACUUCACAAUGUCACCCAGACAAAAUGAAAAUACUGUGGCUUCUCCUGCCCAGGCAGCAAAUGGUGGUAGGCAGACACCGAAGGGAGGUUUUGCCACCCCUCUAAAUCCUCAUGUUAAUAAAGGACCUGGACAAACCCCUAAAUCUGCUGACGCUCUGAGGCGCCGUACUUAUGCAGGAAUUGUUACUCCAGUCAGGAGUCAUUUAUCCCCGACAGUGUUUUCAACAGGACGAGGAAAGCAGGCUGGCAGAGCCAUUAGUACUCCACAAGCGAGCAUCAAUGAAGUGACUUUUGGAGAGCAAGUCAGCGCCAUCUGCAAUGAUUCUAGAAGAGUCAGCAAAGGUGAUGAAGAAGAGAAUGUUCUGCAUCUUAUGUCUCCAGAGCAAAAAAAACCGGUGCCUAGGCAGUGGAAUGUUGAAUCCCCUCUGGUACAAAAACAGAGAGCCAAGAAACGCCUGUAAAACAUGUUUUUUUCUUUUUGUGCACAUUAAUUAUGCAUUUCUAUUCACUGUUAUGUCUAUUUCACAGUCCUCUUGAUAACUCUCCUUUUUACUGUUUCAUCAGCUUGCUUUAUUUGUAAAACUAUUACUAUUAAAUGCUUUUGAUACUUGUA